AUGGCCCCCUCAGCAUCCUUUACGACCUCGACGCCCGCGCCCGCAGCGGCCUCUGACAUGGCCGCCUUUGGCUCAGAGCACGUCGCUCGCGGCGUCUCCCGUCUUACAAGCAACGUUCUCAAGAAGGGCUCUGGCAGCUAUGUCUGGAACGACCAGGGUCGCAAGCUACUCGACCUCACGUGUGGCAUCGGCGUCACCAACCUCGGUCACUGCCACCCGCGGGUAUCGCAGGCGGCCCACGAGCAGAUUGACGAGCUCGUCCACGCACAAUGCGCCAUCGGGUACGGAGAGAAGUACCUCCAACUCAUCCAAGCAAUGCUCCCCACCUUCGCUAAGAUCGACCCGCGCCUGGACUCGAUGUUCUUUUGGAACUCGGGAAGUGAGGCCGUCGAGGCAUCUAUCAAGCUGGCGCGCGAGGUGACAGGCAAGAACAAUGUGAUCGUGGUUCAGGGGUCGUAUCACGGCCGAACCUACGGAGCUAUGGCAUUGACGAAGAGCAAGACCAUCUACUCCGAGCGUCAAGGACCUCUCAUGCCUGGCGUCUUUGUCACGUCUUUCCCUUACUACUCGCAGCUUGGCCUGCCCCAAUCCACGCCCACCAAGGACCUCGUAGCCCAGUCGCUGCACCAGCUCCGCCUGCUCCUCGCUCAGCAGACGGCACCUAGCGAGACGGCUGCGAUCCUCCUUGAGCCCGUGAUGGGCGAGGGUGGUUAUGUGCCUGCCCCGCCCGAGUUCCUGCAGGGUCUGCGCAAGAUCUCGGAGGACAAUGGGAUCCUGUUGAUCCACGACGAGGUGCAGUCUGGCGCUGGUAGGACCGGCGACUUCUGGGCGACGGAGCAGAGUGGCGUGAAGCCGGAUAUCAUGGUCUUCGCCAAGGGGAUCGCCAACGGAUUCCCGCUCAGUGGCAUCGUCUCGCGCAAGGAGAUCAUGGACCAGCAGAAGCCUGGAACCAUGGGCGGCACCUACGCCGGUAACGCCGUCUCAUGCGCCGCGGGCUUGGCUGUCCUCGAGACCUUCAACAAGGAGAAGGUCCUGGACAAUGUUGCCGCUCGCUCGAAGCAGCUCUUCUCCUUCCUCGAGGAUCUCAAGACAUCAUCUCCUGCCGGCCACCUCAUCGAGGAAGUGCGCGGACGUGGUCUCAUGGUCGGGCUUCAAUUCAAGCGCGACGCUGUCAGCGGUGACUCGGAUCAUGCGGCUACUCACGCGGCAUGGCUCGUAGAUGGGCAGAAGCGCGAGCAAUUGGCGCCCAAGAUCAGCAAGAAGUGUGCUGAGCGUGGGAUGCUGAUCCUCAGCACGAGUGUGUUUGAUGUCAUGCGCUUCAUUCCUGCGCUGAAUAUCACGGAGGGGGAGCUGGAUGAGGGAUGCAAGAUCUUCAGGGAGAGCUUUGAGGAGGUAGCUCGCGAGAUGAAGCUUGUUGCGUAG